AUGUCCUGCAUCUCUCGUCAAGCGCUUCGCGCUAUAGUGCCUACCAGGCCAACGAUUAGCCUCGUCUCUAGCCGCUUUCUCACCACAACACGCUCCAACGCCAACACCAACACACGUGGCAGCAAACAAAGCGACUCUGAUCGCGCUGUCCAUGCGAAUACCACUGGCAGCCGCGCGAGCCCCAAGGGUGCCACCGGAGGAGGAGCGCCCUUGGCCAGCACAGCUCCCGGCGCGCCAAACAGGCCAAAGGUCUUCAGUUCGGAUAUGCCGAGUGAUGGGGGGCCCAACAAGCUGAGCAAGGAGCAAAUCAAAGAGGUGGACGAUCACAACGCUGCGUUUGAGAAGACGAGCGAGGAGCCCGCGCAGAAGGCGGACGACGGCGCGGAAAAGACGACAAAACAGCGGCGGUAG